CAGACAGACACACAGACACACACACAGAGACACACACAGACAUACAGACACACAGAGACACACACACAGACACAGACAGACACAGACAGACAAAGUAGUCGACACGCGUAGCGAGAGACAGAACGAGGAACCGAGAGAGGGACGCGGCGCUGCUCUGCGAGAGACGGGGGGACUGCUGCAGUGGAGUGAGUGUGAGCAGGACCGAAACCUCCCCCUCCUCUUGCCUGUGACCCGGUGGGUGACCUGGUGGGUGACCCGGUGGGUGACCUGGUGGGUGACCUGGUGGGUGACCCGGUGGGUGACCUGGUGGGUGACCUGGUGGGUGACCUGGUGGGUGACCUGGUGGGUGACCCGGUGGGUGACCUGGUGAUCUCUGCUAUUUGCCAUGGACGAUACGGAGAUGGACCUGACGUUCGGGGGCUGCUCCACGGGUCCACAGAAGAUCAUGGGGCCUGAAGAUGACGAAUUCCUCUCUGACGAGGAGCAGAGUGAUGACCACGGCCCCUUCUCUGACCUGGACCAGCUCCGUAGCCGCCCUGCUCACAUGGCCGUGUUCCUGCAGUACGUGCUGUCCCAGCUGGAGCCCGCUGCCCUGCUGUUCCACCUGUGCGUGGAGGCGGCUCAACACUCCAAAGACCCCAAGAAGCUCAUGUCAGAGAUUUACUUCACUUUUCUGGAGCGCAACGCGCCUCUGAAGAUUCCCGUUGCAGACGAGUUGAUUUUAGCCGUGGAGGAAUGCCGUGUGCGUCCCGGACUCGUGCUCGAUGAGGCUGUCCGCCGUGCGGUGGAAACCGCUCAGCCCGGCGCGCUAGAGACGGCACGCGGACAGCUGGACGACUACCGGAGGCGGAGGGUGAUGGGGCUGGGGACGAUGUUUGGAGAGACGAUGUUGCCACCCGUUCCCAACGCGGUGAAGGAGGUUCACCUCGCUGAGCACAGUCUCACCAAGAUCAGCAACAUGAUAGAGGGAACGGACGAGGAGAGACGGGAGAUGAUCAUGGCGGCCGUGGCGGUGUACAUGCGUGGUGCCGGCGUCGCCCUGGCGCCCGCGCUCGCAGACGGCAGCGACAAGCGCAAGCGCAGCGUGUUCAACAUGAAGAAGACGCUGGGGCCCAAGAAGGAGAAGGAGGAGAAGAAGGGGGGAGGGGGCCGCCCGUCGCUGUUCCGUGACUACAUCCUGAGGCCGGCCCAACGGGGUGGGGGCGACGGUCAGUCUGGCAAGGGAGCAGCGUGGCGAGCAUGGUGCGCCAGUUCGAGCCGGUGCCGGGGGGAGGGGCCGGGGGCUUCGAGGGGGGGGGGCCUGGAGCUGGGAUCAACGGGGGACCUGGGGGAGACGCGGGGGGGCGGCAGAGAGUCGGGCGGUUUGCGAGUGGGCCGCUCGGAGAGCCUGCGGGCCAUCGAUGGCGGCCGCCGCUCCCCCGGCUCCUCCUCGCGCUCCAAGAGUGACAUCGACAGGGAGGCCGCCAUGGAGGCCACGGCGCGCAUGGGGCCCCCCCCCACGCCAACACCCAGGACGCCCGGAGACGUGACGCCACCUCGCACCCCUCGCAGCUGGCGCAGGGCCUGGUCAACUUCUUCGUCUUCUGGACUAACCGGAUCCUCCUCCUCCGCACCAGAAAAGCCAGACGACGCGGCAUCUGUAUCCUCGUCGCAGUCUUCCUCCACCUCGUCGUCGUGGUCCGGAGUGCCGCCGGCGUUUGGCGACGAGGUGGCGCUGGGCCCCGACGAGGACCUGGAGGUGGAGGCCGAGGCUCCGCACUGGCAGCUGCAGCUCAAGCCCGAGCAGCUGGCACGGCUGGGCAAGCAGGAGGUCAAGCGGCAGGACGUCAUCAACGAGCUGCUGCACACGGAGCGUGCCCACGUGCGCAUGCUCAAGGUGCUCAAGGCGCUGUUCUGCGACCGCCUGCUGCAGCAUGGCGUCGCGUCCGAGGCCGAGGUGCGGCAGAUCUUCCCCAACCUCGACGCGCUGCUGCCUCUCCACGAGUCUCUGAAUGUGGCCAUGAAGAAGCUGAAGGAGAACGAGCCCCUGGUGGAUGGCGUAGGAGACGCCCUGUUAGCCAGGUUUGCGGGUGUGGCUGGCGAGGCCCUGCAGGCGGAGGCCGCUGUGUUCUGUAGCCAGCAGUCGCUGGCCCUGGACAUCAUCAAACAGCGGCAGCGCAAAGACGCUCGCUUCCAGCAGUUCAUACAGGAUGCGGAGAGCAACCCUCACUGCCGCCGGCUGCAGCUCAAGGACUUCCUGCCGUGUGAGAUGCAGAGACUCACCAAGUACCCUCUCCUGCUGGACAAGAUCGCCAAGUACACGGCCGACUCCAGCCCCGAGCACGGCAAGGUGCAGCAGGCCAGCGAGUGCUGCAAGCGGAUCCUGCUGUCCGUGAACACGGCCGUGCGGGAGGCGGAGAACGCACAGCGCCUGCAAGACUACCAACGCAGGAUGGACGUCUCCCCGUUCCUGGAGAAGACGCAGUACCCCUACAUUGCUGAGUUCAAGAAUCUGGACCUCACCAAGCGCAAGAUGCUGCAUGAGGGGCCGCUCACCUGGCGCCUUAACAAAGAGAAGACGCUUGACCUGCACGUGCUGCUGCUGGAGGACCUCGUGGUGCUGCUGCAGCGGCAGGAGGAGAAGUUGGUGCUGCGCUGCCACAGCCAGCAGCUUGGGGGCGCCUCCGACACGAGGCAGAUCUACAGCCCCAUCGUGAAGCUGGGCACCGUGCUCCUGCGUGAGGUGGCACGAGACAAGCACGCGUUCUUCAUGAUCAGCACGUCCCAGCUGGGUCCCCAGAUCUACGAGCUGGUGGCCGUGAGCGUGUCGGAGCGCCGCGCCUGGUGGCAGCGGCUGAGCGACGCCGUCGCCGCCACGCGCAAGAAGAGCACCGUCCUGCUGGGCAUCGCUCACAAGGAGGGCGACGGGCCCACCUCGCCCUGCCCCCCCGACGCCCACAAGGAGGGGCCGGCGGCAGUGGGGGGCGACUCGGAGGAGGUGGCCACGGUGGGGGGAGUGGGGGGCGACUCGGAGGAGGUGGCCGCGGUGGGGGGAGUGGGGGGCGACGUGGAGGAGGACGAGGAGGCCGCCCCCCCCCACGCCGACGAGCGUGCCGGGGGGCUCUCCCCCCACGCGGACGACGCCCCCCCGGGGAGUUCCCCGGGGCCGCUCUCUCCGGACUCCGCGGCCUCCCCGUCUCCGCCGCCACGGCGGUGGGCGACCGUCGUGGACGGGGCGGGAGAGGAGGGCCUGGCCGGCCCCGCCGUGGAGGCCGUGCUGAGGCUGCGGGAGAUGCUGGGCCGCCUGCUGGCCGCGUCGCCCGCGGCGGAGGAGGGAGACGCGGUGGAGCUGCGCAUCGACGAGGACGAGGGCAGCGCUCACGACGAGGGGCGGCCGCGUGCCACCGCAUUGCCGUCGGACGUCUUCCGGGAAGUGGAACUCAUCCAGAGGAACCUCCAGCACCUGCAGAAGCUGGAGGCAGAGUUCAGGGUGUUGAAGAGUCGAGCGUCAGCAUCGCCCAAAGGCUCCCUGACACACACAGAGACAGGGCAAGAUGAAUGAGAGACAGAGUCAACACCACCACAGAGGUGAAGGGAGAUGACAAAUAUUACCUAUGCACGCUAUGAAAUGUAAAAACUUUGCUGCCAUCAGAUUUGCUACAGCACGUAAACAUCCCCCCCGCCUGCCACGUAACCCACUCAGUCUCCAGUCUCCAGAGUCUGUCUCCAGUCUCAGUCUCCAGUCUCAGUCUCCAGUCUCCAGUCUCAGUCUCCAGUCUCAGUCUCCAGUCUCAGUCUCCAGUCUCAGUCUCC